GGAGUCGACAUUAUUAGCAUUGAAUGAAUACAACACUACAUACACUGUAUAUGAAUAACACUGCACGCCUAUACAGUAGUGUCAGUACAUUAUCGCCCACACAGUCAACACAUCCCAAGAGAUGACAGCCUGUGAAGUGUUAGCCAGUGAGUGGUGACCCCAUUAUCCCAUUCGCCAAACUUGUCGCACAAACGCACCAUUUGUUGUCCUCUUAAGACUUUCUUACCAUUUGGUUGAUGUGUUGAUACCGCGAGACCACAGUUGUAAGCAUGAUAUCAGACGGCUAUCUGGUUGGUGAUGGUUCGUGGCAGCUCAAGAUAUUUGUCACGGACCUCAAGGUGGACCGCACUCUCCGAGUGAAGGGUGAUCUGCACGUCGGCGGAGUUAUGUUGAAACUCGUCGAAGAACUCGAUGUGGCCAUCGAUUGGUCGGAUCACGCGUUGUGGUGGCCCUCGAAGAACAUGUGGUUGAGUCGGACGCGGACUACUCUGGAUCAGUACGGAGUACAGGCGGACGCCGUCCUAUACUUCACGCCAAUGCAUAAGACAUUACGCGUCCAAAUGCCUGACUUGAGAUAUAUCGACGCGAGGGUUGACUUCUCUGUCAAGACAUUCACAGCUGUCGUCCAAUUGUGCAAAGAUUUGGGAAUAAGACAUCCGGAAGAGCUCUCAUUUGCCAGACCUCUAGUGAACGCACAUCUCAAGCGAAACUUUCCUCAUCUGAGUGUCAGUCCAUUGCAGAGACAGAGGGACACAAUGGGACCCAUUGUCCCGAAUAAUGCGAGUCCCGCGCCGGCCAUUGGCACACCUGAUGGGAAGUCGAGUCCCACUUUCAUUGAUGAUCACAAGACAACUCCCGUACGAAACGGAAAUGGAGUCGUGACUAAUGGCAACGGAACUCUUCACACCCCUUAUGUCAGUGACACGAGUUAUGCCUACAAUAAUGAAAUGAUUUCGCCAUCACUGGCCACCAGUCCGGUCACGCCUACGCUUGAGGCGAAGAACACUCUGUUGAGACCCAAGUCGUUGGUGGAGAGGGCGCGCCUGAACGCCGGUUGGCUCGACUCCUCGCUCUCUCUCUACGAACAGGACGUCCGAGAGUUUGAUUUAUUGCUUCUCAAGUAUAAGUUCUUUUCGUUUUACGACAUCAACCCUAAGGUCGACGGCACGAGAAUCAACCAAAUCUACGCUCAGGCGCGAUGGGCUGUCCUCUCGGAGGAGAUCGACUGCACCGAAGAGGAGAUGAUGCUCUUCGCCGCACUCCAGCUCCAGGUCUCCAUUCAGACCAAUAAUCCAUUUCCCGAGAAACACAACUCCCGUAAUGACGAUGACAUCGACGCCGCUUUAGAUGACCUCCAGAUAUCAUUAGAAGGCGCGCCGACAGCCAUACCAAUCGGCGGUGACAUAACUCAUGUCCCAGAACUGGCAGAUUAUCUCCGAUUUAUGAAACCCAAGAGGUUUACUCUGAAAAGUUUUAAGAGAGUAUACUUCGUGUUCAGAGACACCAGACUUUCGGCUUAUAAGUCGAGUGAAGACCGGAGUAGUAAUGACGCGGCGUUUGUCAUCAAUAUGAAGGGCUGUGAGGUUACACCCGAUGUGAACCUGAGUCAAGGCAAGUAUGGCAUCAAAUUAGAAGUUCCCAAUCACGAGGGCAUGCAAGAGUAUUGGAUUAGAUGCGAGUCCGAGCACCAGUACGCCAGAUGGAUGGCCGCCGCACGACUGGCCACCAAAGGCAGAACAAUGGCUGACUCCUCCUAUGACAGUGAAGUCAAAUCAAUUAUGAACUUCUUGAGUCUUCAACACCCGACCCACUCCUCAUACACCGCACCCGUCAGUUCCCAUCAAAUUGAUAACCCGGACGACUAUAUCGCUCCGAGAUUUUUAAGGAAAAAGGGCGGCCGACAGUGGGCUCAACGUAUUUUGGACGCGCACUCCAAUGUCAAGGGUCUGUCCCUAACAGAAGCCAAACUCCAUUUCAUCAAAGCCUGGCAGGCGUUACCCGACUACGGAAUCUCUCUAUUUGUCGUCAAGUUUUCCACUUCUAAACGAGAAGAAUUGCUUGGAGUGGCGUUCAAUCGACUGAUGCGAAUGGACGUCAACACCGGCGACCACAACAAGACGUGGCGAUACAAUACGAUGAAGGCGUGGAACGUGAACUGGGAGGUGAAGCAAAUGCUCGUCCAGUUCGAGGAGGAAGACGUGGCCUUUUCCUGUCUGAGCGCCGACUGUAAAAUAGUACACGAAUUCAUCGGCGGUUAUAUAUUCCUAUCGAUGCGAUCCAAGGAUCAAAACCAGACAUUAAAUGAGGAACUGUUUCAUAAACUAACGGGCGGUUGGAUUUAGAGCUUGGAUUACUUCUAAUCCAUUUUAAGUAUAACUCGAUUAACAUUAGUUACGGUUUAAAUUUAUAACAAAUGUUUUGACCACUCGAAUGCCGUUUUGAGUUUGAGGUUAACUUAAAGCCAAUCAUGAGGUUUAAUUAACUUUGUUUUAAUUUAUAGUUAAUCUCAUAAUUAUUUUAAGUUUUCAUUUAAUUUACAAAAACAUCAUAUUUUGUAAAUGAAAUUCGAUGAGCGAUUGAUUGGAGAAUUGUUGCCAAUGUUUGGUACAAAUAAAUGUCAAAUAUAAUUAACAGUCAAACAUGUUUGCAAUUAAAUUAACUUAUUCACGAAAUCUUUACAAACAAUGCAAUACUCAAUAAAAAGUUAUAUUAAUAGUUAUGAUAAUGUAUAGGAAGCUAUAGAUACCACCACUGAUUACAUUACAUUGUAAUGAUUACAAUGAUUUGUUUUGACCUUCAAUUGUCAAACAUUGGUUACAUUCUUAACAUUAGGGUUUCAGAAAUGUUUUUCUUUGAAGUCAUUAUAAAAGUCAAAAGCAAUGUUUUCAAUGAAAGUCUCGAAUAUUCAUACAGAAAGUGCUUAGAAUUGAAUUGAAUUUACUUUAGAUUUGAUAACUAUUUUGUUUUAUGAAUAAUUGAUAGAAAGUGUGGGACAGUGAACCCAAUUCAGUAUAUGACAUACGAAUACAAAGUUAUAACAAGUCUUUUAUAUGAAAAUAACUAAAUCUAUUAACUCGACAGUCAUUUAAACAGUUAUCCAUUUAUUCAAAGUUAUCCGUAAUUAAACUCUAGACAACGACUCUUCACUUAUUAAACUGUGCCUUAAAUAUGUUUAUUAUAACGAUUACUAUUAUAUAAUGUUUAAAACUAAAUAAUAUAAUAUUUAAAUUUUUUGUGAAUUAUAUUCAUAUAAAUAUUAUUAAUAAAAAGCGAACAACAAAUAAAUUUAAAACUAAAAUA